GAUAUUAGUAACUUUUCACUUGCAGAUGUUUGACCUCCUAGGCUUUGAAAGGUUUGAACUUAUCCAGACAUUGCUUGAGCACAGGUCACAGAUCAAGAAUCCUCCACCUGAUAAAGAUGCAAAAAUUGCACAGUUGCUAAGUGACCUUGAAAAUAGAGGAAUACCAGAGCACCCAGUGUUUGGUAAUCAAGUGACUGUUAUGAAUGAAACAGAGAAGCAGUUUCUUAAACAAGCACGCAAGGAAGAAAAGAAGUUGCUUAGGACGGCAAAACAAAUUGCAGGGGAUGAUGAAGUAGAGGAUUUUAGUCCAGAAGCUUUAAAGGCUAAAAGAGAACAAGCCCUGCGAGAAGCAUCUCAGGCUUAUCUUUUCAAGAGGUGUGAUCGUGUUACUGCUCCAGAAGUGAAAUUUCCAUACGUAUUUGACACUUACAACAAAGCCAGGCAGGCUGCUGGCUAUAUUGCAGGAAUGAAGAUAGCUCUACCAGAGGGUUUCUCUCGGACUAAUGACAACAUGAAAGAAGAGGUGGAGAUACCUGUAUCUGACCCAGCACCUCCUGAUGUUGGAGCUAAGCUCUUCCCUGUUAGUGAACUGGACAAGAUUGGUCAGAUGGCAUUCCAGGGAUGCAAGACAUUGAAUCGUAUCCAGACAGUAGUAUAUCCAGUUGCUUACCACAGCAACGAGAACCUUCUCAUCUGUGCCCCAACAGGUGCUGGCAAAACAAACAUAGCUAUGCUUGCUGUUGUGCAUCAGGUCCGGCAGCAUAUUGAAAAUGGUGUCAUUCAGAAAGAUAAAUUCAAGGUUGUGUAUAUUGCCCCAAUGAAAGCACUGGCAGCUGAGAUGGCACGUAGCUUUGGCAAGCGACUUGAGCCCCUUGGGUUAACAGUGCGAGAGUUAACAGGUGAUAUGCAUCUCACUAAGCCAGAAAUUAUGGCAACCAAUAUGAUAAUUACCACUCCUGAGAAGUGGGAUGUUACUACACGUAAACCAGGUGAUACCCAGCUCUCCCAGUUAGUUAAGUUACUAAUAAUUGAUGAAGUCCACCUUCUGCAUGGUGACAGAGGCCCAGUACUGGAAAGUCUUGUGGCUCGCACACUGCGCAUGGUGGAGUCUCAGCAGUCCAUGAUUAGAAUAGUGGGUCUCUCUGCAACACUGCCAAACUACAUAGAUGUAGCUACAUUCCUUAGAGUAAAUCCUUACAAAGGUCUCUUCUACUUUGACGGGCGAUUCCGUCCAGUACCACUAGGCCUGUCUUUUAUUGGAGUGAAAGCUAUGGGUAAGUUCAAGCAACUUGAGGACAUGGAUAAAGUUACAUUUGACAAGUGUCUGCACUUCCUGGAUCGUGGUCACCAGGUAAUGGUCUUUGUUCACGCCCGUAAUGGCACAUUACGUACUGCAGAAAAUUUAAUAAAGUUGGCUCAAGAGAUGGGCAAAACCCAAAGUUUUCUUCCAGUCGAAGGUCCGGAUGUUACCAGAGCUCGUAAAGAUCUAGGUCGCUCGCGAAACAAAAAAUUGGCUGAAUUAUUUGAAUCUGGAUUUGGAGUGCACCAUGCUGGCCUUCUGAGAUCUGACAGGACGCAGAUUGAAACAUUAUUUAGUCGAGGUCUCAUCAAGGUCCUAGUAUGUACAGCUACACUGGCCUGGGGUGUCAAUCUCCCUGCUCAUGCUGUCAUUAUAAAGGUACAAUAAUUAUUAAUCUUUC